AUGUCGAAUUACAAAAAUCAGAGCCCAGCGGCGCGCUUCGCGGAGGUGGGACGAGAGGGUUACCAGAGAUUGAAAAAGACAGCGGCUGUCAUGCGGAUAAGCACAGCCCGAGUCGCGGAGCGUGUGAGGCGCGUGGCGUCCACGUUCCUGUCGUCUACAGGCUUGAAGCCCGCAAACCGCCGUCGUUCCGCCGCAUCCUCCGUUCCACGCGCCACCUCUCCCGUUCCACGCGCCAUCGUUGCGUUCCGCCGGAGCAUGAGAGGUUGGACGGCAGCGUUCGCUUUCAAGUUGCGGAAACCUUCUUCGUCUGAAGCUACCACACGAAGUUAUUCCCCUCAGUACACCGCGUCUUCCGCCGCCGCCUCUCGCGCCGCUACUAGCGCUUACGCCGUAUUCUGCCCUUCUGCCCCCGUUGCCCCUGUGGACUCCCCCCACGACGCAUCUACCGCUUCCUUUGCUUCCUCCUCUGCAUCCUCUGCCACAUCCGCCGGUGCUAACCAAUCCGCUUCUUCCACGUCAUCCGCUGCCGGCGCCUCCGCAUGUUCCGCGUUAACUAGAAAUGCUUCCGAGAAUUCUAAAAAACCAGCCUCUUCCGCUUCUUCGUUUCCCGCCCGUAGUAGUCACGCUGACUUGCGUGUCGGGCCCACCCCCCCCGCCACUUCCGCGGCCGCGAUUCCCCCACUCGCGCUUGCUUCCGUAAAGGCCGAUUCUCACGCCGAUUCUCACGCCGAUUUUAACGCCGAUUCUCAAACCACUUCUCUCGCCGAUUGUCGCGCGGAGGGCUCCUCGUCGUGGAAGCGCGCCAUGUCGAUAGCGAUCCCCGCAUGCGACGGCGACGACGAGGCGCAGGGGGCGGGGGAGGACGAGGGGGGAGAGCGGCAGGAACCGGGGAGCGGAGAGGCGGGGGAAGAGGCGGAAGAAAUGGCGGAGUCGAAUGGCCUUGGUGGCGGCGCGCCGGAUUCUGCGGUGGACAUCGAUUCGCUGUGGGAAGCGGCGGCGGCGGCGGAGCUCGAGGCGGAAGAGCGAGCGGUUACGGCGGCGGCGAUGGCGGCGGCGUCUGGAGCGAAGCGAUGGCGAGAGAGCUGGAAAUCACUAACUCCUCGGUGUAAUGCGGUACCUAAAGCUCCCAGAUCUGAUUUAUUUGGUAGCAAAACGCCAGCGCAAACACCAGCGCUCACUCCGAGGGGGUUGGUUGUCGAACCUAAAAACGCUUGGAGCGCGCUGGCGGAAAGUGUGGCGUCGGAUCUGGCGGACAACCAAAUCAGGGCGGAACUGGCGGACGGCGCAGCGGGGCUGGUGGCACCUCGCCGAGGGCUGCCGACAACUCCGCGCUUGUCCUUCCGCCAGUGGAGGUCAACCUCAGAGUCGACCCGGCCUAGGGCGCGCGCUGCUGCGGAAGAGGAGUUUGCGGAAAUGCCCCGCAAUUGGUUGGAGAACGCGUGGAGUGGCGGAAAUACAGGUUCCGCCGUGAGUCCCCCGCCUCCUUCCACCCCUCGGUUCCUCUCCGCCGUCCGCUCGUCUUUCAAGCGCUCUGCUUCUGAGGCGGCGCCUGGGGUGGUCGCGGGUUCGAAUCCCAGCGCCAGUGCAACUGUUACAGAAACUGCAAUUUCUACAAAAAUCCCAUGCUACAGUCCUCCAGCAACAUCAGCAUCAGGAUUAUCACCACCAGCAAUUCCGGCUCAUAAGUCCGUUUCGUGUGGUUCUCUUUAUGAGCAUCAUCACAACACGGCACAGUGCCGCUCCAUGGAGUGCAGCAGUGUAGUUCGUUCUAGACAAAACACUACUCGCAACUCAUCUACUCUCCGAGGCAGGGUCAAACCUUCCAAAAGUGCCAACAGCAUCGACGUUAAAUCUACCUGCAUUCAUCACCUGACCGCUUCAAACUCCUCCUCGUUCACUCCCUCCCUUCGCGCCCGUCGAGGCCUUCCUCCCUUUGAAAACCUUUGCACCGAGGAAGAACAUCCAGGUCAGGCAAGGCAGCCGAACCUGCUGGCUCGGAAUGGCACCAGUGCGCCUGAUUUGCAGGUUCUUGAGUUUGCUCAGGUUUCUUCGAACCUGCCCGGCAGCAGCAAAAGGGUGCCUGCAUUGUCUUGGGGGCAGCUCUCUGAGCUUGCAGCGGGCAGGGAGAAAAUGGACAGGCGUGUGUUGAGCGGGGGUGCGGUGACUGGGUGUGCGGUGGAAGAGGGUACGGUGCAUGACAGUGUGGUGGAGUGGUGUGCGAUGGAGGACGACGAUUCAUUGGAAGAGCCAGAGAGCCCUGCAAUGGUCCCUGCUUGUUCCUUGUGUGGGGUAAGAGGCUUUCAAGCUCCUCCCUUGGCCCAGCAGGAUCGGCAGCAGAUUUGGCAUAUGCAGCAACAGGGGAGGUUACGGCAGAAAGAGGAAGAUGAGGAGGGGCAGGAGCAGCAUUACGGCCUGGCUGACAAGCAGCCUGGCUGUGCAGCAGGAAUGGGUUGUGCACCAAUUUCAAUGAGCCGAACCACUGUGGUUCGGUAUGUGCCGCGGUUUGGCAGGCACGGGCAGCAGAGGUCGGUAGUGAGGGAGGUGGCACGAGAAGCGGUGAGAAACAUGGUGGGUGUGGGAGCAAGGUGA